AUGGAGGUCCUGACCUCCCAGGCCAGUGACGAGGGUCUGUCCCUCUGCGUCGCUCUUGAGGUUCAGCCACUCUAUGAGUGCCGUGAAUUCGCGCCUAUAGUUGUCCAAAACCAUGAGCGUCUCCUUGCACUCCACCACCGACUCGUCCGACUCGCAGUUCUGGUAGAUCUCGUCCACCGCGCGGUUCAGGCCCAGUAUCUGCACCUCAGCUCCACGUCCCGCGACCUCCCUGUCCAUCACCGCACCAGACAUAGGAUUAGUGGUGUAAUCAAUGCUAAAGUGUGUUCCGACUCCAUCGGCACCAAAGUCUACUCAGGUUUUGGAGGACAGGUAGACUUCCUGAGAGGCGCCGCUAAUGGUUUGGACGGCAAGGGAAAGCCUAUUCUGGCGAUGGGUUCGAUCACAAAUAAGGGAGAGUCGAAAAUCGUGCCGUUCCUGAAACAGGGCGCCGGUGUGGUGACCACCAGAGCUCAUCUCCACUAUUUAGUGACCGAAUACGGCAUCGCAGAGCUGUUUGGCAGGAAUUACCGCCAGAGAGCCUACGCGCUCAUACAGAUCGCUCAUCCGGACCACCGACAGGCGCUCGAGAAGGCGGCCUUCGAGCGGCUAAAAUGCAUGCCAUCACCCGAUUAGGCGGCGCCCACUCGUCCGGCACCUGUCGUUGUUAUUGUAAUAAAUUAAUUAUUUUAGGUUUUAUGUCAAAAGUUGUGCACAAAAUAGGUUUACCUUUUAGUUCUGACCCUUAAUUGUAGUCCAAAUUGUAUUUUCCAAUUAACUCUUGUGUCCAAUACUGUAGUGAUAGAUAUACUGACAAUUAGAUAGGCUUUCCAUUUGAUACGACUAGAGAUCUGUCGCACAUCUCUUUGAUAUGAAUUAUACGAUACUUUUUGUUCACAUUUUUUUGGUCUCCCUUUUUAUAGCGACUAUUAACUGAGAAAUUGAGAUAUUUUUCGAGUAUUAACUAUAAGUUACUGUAUUUUCUUGUGUAUAAUUGACUGUAAAUUUAAUUUGUCACUUCAGUUGGGGGUGUAUUUAGGAGGUGCUGUACCAGUGUUUUUGCUCACAUUUAGGUGCCGGUACACUUUUAGGUAGUUUUUCUGAAAUUAUGGUUAAUCGUAAUGACGGUAAAAGCCUUUAAAUUAAAGAGAUUUCCUAUAAAAGUAAUAAUUAUGCCAUAAAUUGAAAGUCAAUUACUACACAAAGAAAUUAAAUGACAAAAAAGUAAUAAAAUUAGCGGUAAUUGUAAUAAACAUUAUGUUUAUAUUGAAUACAG